UAAGAACAGGUAGAAAUGUUCCGUGUCUCCUUCUCACUUCAGAGAGUCCAGCUAAGUCAAUGUGCCCAGAGGACUGGAUUCCGCACAGACAUAAAUGCAUACAUUUUUCUCAAGUUGCCAACACUUGGAAGGAAGGUCUGGAUGACUGUAAUCAGAAAGGAGCCACUUUGCUGCUUGUUGAAGACCGAGUAGAGCUGAGAUUCCUACAGGACUGGGUAAAGGAAGGAGGCCUUUCAUUUUGGAUUGGACUAAGUUACAAAUUGCUGGACAAGACCUGGAAGUGGAUAAACAACUCUGCUUUAAGCUCUGAUGUAUUACAAGUCACUGGUGAAGGUAAAGAAGGCAGCUGUGGUGCCAUCUCAAAGGACAAAGUGGUUUCUGAGAGCUGUGUUUCAGACAACCGCUGGAUCUGCCAAAAGGAACCAAAACGUGAUACCAUGUGCAAUGACUCCUGACUGCAAAUCGCAUCUCGAUUACUUAACCAUGCACAGCAGA